AUGUCCGCAGUUUCUAAACGCCUUGAAGGCAAGACCGUUCUCAUCACCGGAGCAUCUUCCGGCAUUGGAAAAUCUACGGCGUUUGAGUUCGCCCGCACAAGCCCCAAGAACUUGAAGCUGGUUCUUACAGCUCGCCGAAUCGAUACCCUUCAACAAAUUGCUGAAGAAAUUGUCAAAGAAGUCGGCGAUGGCGUUAAGGUGCACCCAGUUCAACUGGAUGUCAGCAAGCCCGAUGAAGUGCGCUCUUUUGUGAGCAAGCUUCCUGCCGAGUUCAGCGAGAUCGAUGUGUUGGUGAACAACGCCGGUCUUGUUAAAGGUGUCGACAAGGCACCCGAGAUCAAGGAAGAGGAUAUCAACGUCAUGUUCGCUACCAAUGUCACGGGCUUGAUCAACAUGACACAAGCUGUCUUGCCCGGUAUGCUCAAGCGUAACAAUGGCGAGGGGGCUGGAGACAUCAUCAACAUUGGAUCCAUCGCCGGCCGCGAGCCUUACCCUGGCGGCAGCAUUUACUGCGCUACCAAGGCCGCUAUCCACUCAUUCACGGAGAGUCUGCGCAAGGAGCUUAUUUCGAAGCGUGUCCGUGUUAUCAGGAUUGAUCCUGGUCAGGUAGAGACUGAGUUCUCCGUCGUGAGAUUCUACGGAGACAAGUCAAAGGCUGAUGCCGUGUAUGCCGGCUGUGAGCCCUUAACGCCGGAUGAUAUUGCUGAGGCCAUUGUCUUUGCUGCUGGUAGAAGGGAAAAUGUUGUCAUUGCGGAUACAUUGAUAUUCCCCAACCAUCAGGCUGCGGCAACUGUCAUGCACAGGAAGUCAUAA